AUGCCGAGUCACAGAUCAGAUCGGGCGCAUAGAGACCAAGAUCACAGUCACAGAGACAAGAGAGAGCGAGAGAAGCUAACUCGUGAGGAAUCGGGAAGCCAAGAAAUCUUAGAUGAAGGAAUUAUACAAGUUCAGGUGAUCCCUCAGGACGAUAACUGGGGCGAAACAGCCACUUCAAUCACUGAAACAGCAACCUCGAUUGUCACUUUAAGCGAGACUUCACUUAGCGAUGUUGGAAAAGAGAGACGACGGAUGCCAUGUAACUUUGGGCGCCAUUUUAAGCUGGUCCCGGCGGCGAUUUUGAGCAUUUUUGCUGUUGCUUCACCGAUCCUCUUCGUUGUAUUUCCCCUGGUUACGUGGAAGCCUUCACUCUGUGGUUCUAAAUGUGAUGGGCUCUUCAUCAGCUUCACAGUUAAAGAACUGUUAUUGAUGAUAGCAAUCUGGGCUUUGUAUUUCAGAACAUCGCGGGCCUCAAUGCCGCGCGUAUUUGUUCUCCGAGUCGCAAUGAUGGUGUUGGUUUUUGUGGUUCUUGUGUGCUACUGGCUCUUCUACGGCUUACGAAUCAUCGAAGCUCAAGUGACAGACUUUAUGGACAUCAUUAAUUUUUCAGUAACCCUGAUAGAUACUCUAUUGUUCCUUCACUAUGCUUCUUUAGUGGUUCUCUGGAUCCGUCAAACCGACCCUCUGUUUACAUUGAAAGUAAUCAGAAGCACUGAUGGAGUGAGUAGAUAUUACAACAUCGGGCCUCUGUCGAUUCAGCGUACUGCUGUGUUUGUGUUAGAGCAGUACUACAAGGAUUUCCCGGAAUAUAAUCCUUAUAUGAUGCAAACGCCCGCGAGGACAGCGCAUAAACAAUUCUCCAGUCUUACGUUCUACGAUAUUGACGGUAAACCAAAUGACAAAGUUAAUCCGCGAGCCAAGGCAAUCUUGACGGCUGCUUCUACUCGUAGACGUGAUCCUGCCAGAAAUGACCGCUUUUAUGAAGAAGCUGAAUUCGAUAGAAAGGUCAAACGACGAAAAGCGAGGUUGUUCAAUGCCUGCGAAGAGGCGUUCGGACACAUCAAGCGCGUUCAACUUGAACGCGGCCCUUGUGUUCCAAUGGAUCCCGAAGAAACCGCACAAUCGCUCUUUCCGUCUUUUGCGAGGCCACUUCAGAAAUAUCUCCGAACUGUACGACUUCAUCAUCGCUACUCAAUGGAUGGUAUCAUUAAGCAUCUAGCCCAUUGCUUGACAUUUGACAUGACGCCGAAAGCCUUUUUGGAACGUUAUGUGAGCGAACAACCAUGUUGCGAGUUUACAACAAAGCGGCGAACGCAAAACUGGAGUUUAGUAUGCGAAGAACAAGUGACAAAGCCGCUAUCUGCCUCGACAGUGUUUCAACUUAAAGGCGAAGACCUUUCAAUUAUAGUCACUGUACGUAGGCUACCGUAUUUGGACAUUUCAGAGGACGAGUUUGAUUUUGAAAACAACAAAUUUGUGCUAAGACUUAACUCUGAAACUUCGGUCUGA